GCGCGGAGGCGGUAGUAGCGCGACUUCCACCAUGCCCCGUCGGGAGCUGCUGCCGUCUAGGAUGGCGAGGGGUCGCCCUCUGGGCCAACAGGCACAGCGAUGAAGACGGGGGCGGGGGGUCUUCCUUGCGCUUGGGAGCUAUCAAAAGGGGACCUACAAACUCUAGAAUGACCCUGCAAGUCUGCCUGGGCUAGCAGGAGGAAAGUACGGAAAUCCACAGGGAGACGUCUUUCCUAAGAAUGGAUUCGGGAAGGAGAAACGCCUGUCUGCACCAAAGAUCUUCUCCUUGUGGAUUUUAAAGUUUGCCAACCUCAUUAUUUGCAACUGUUUUUUAUGAUUAGGAGUAAAGACCAGUACAAAGAAGAAUCAGGAUGAAAAGAUGGCCGACUUCUUGUUACCACUGGGUUCUAACAGCUUCCACCGGUUCACACCUGAAUCCUUGGCUGCGAUCGAGAAGCGAAUCGCAGAGAAGAUCGCGAGGAACGCCAAGCAGGAAUAUAGGGAACAGUUGGCCGACGAAGAAAAACCCCGGCCCCAGCUUGACUUACAGGCCUGCAAGAAGAUACCUGAUAUCUAUGGGUCUCCUCCAUCGGAGCUCAUUGGGGAACCCUUGGAGGACAUUGACCCUUUCUACAGUGAUCACAAGACAUUUAUAGUACUGAACAAAGGGAAGACAAUCUUUCGAUUUAGUGCCACUCCUGCCUUGUAUAUACUUAGUCCUUUCCAUCCAGUCAGAAGAGCAGCAAUUAAAAUUUUGGUACAUUCAUUAUUCAGUAUGUUUAUUAUGUGCACUAUUUUAACCAAUUGUGUGUUCAUGGCACGAUCGGACGAAGGGAUGAAAUAUAUUGAGUACACUUUCACUGGCAUUUACACUUUUGAAUCAUUGAUAAAAAUAUUGGCAAGAGGCUUUUGUAUGACAGAAUUCACCUUCCUUCGGGAUCCAUGGAAUUGGCUGGAUUUUAGUGUUAUUGUCAUGGCAUACAUAACUGAAUUUGUGGAGUUGGGCAGUGUAUCAGCCUUACGAACGUUCAGAGUUCUUCGAGCGCUGAAAACAAUCUCAGUCAUUUCAGGUUUGAAGACCAUCGUAGGUGCCCUUAUCCAGUCAGUUAGGAAACUGGCAGAUGUGAUGAUCUUGACAGUUUUUUGCUUGAGUGUUUUUGCCCUCAUAGGGCUCCAGCUCUUUAUGGGCAACCUGAGACACAAGUGUGUCCGAAACUAUACCGAAUUUAACUCCACCAACAACACAUUUGUUUCUGAAGAGAAGAUAUGGCUAACCUUGGAUGACUUUCUAAACGAUGCAGACAACUACUUCAUCAAAGAGGGCACCACGGAUGUGUUACUGUGUGGCAACAGCUCCGAUGCUGGUACGUGUCCAACAGGGUAUCAAUGUCUAAGGGCUGGUGAAAACCCUGAUCAUGGCUUCACAAGCUUUGAUACGUUUGGCUGGGCCUUUCUCUCCUUGUUCCGCCUCAUGACGCAAGAUUACUGGGAGCGCCUCUAUCAACAGACCCUUAGAUCUGCUGGCAAGAUCUACAUGCUCUUUUUUAUGCUGGUCAUCUUUCUGGGCUCAUUUUAUCUGGUCAACUUGAUCUUGGCUGUGGUGGCCAUGGCCUAUGAAGAGCAGAACCAAGCCACCAUUGCAGAAACGGAGGCCAAGGAGAGGAAGUUCCGGGAAGCCAUGGAGGCACUGAAAAAAGAGCAAGAGGAAUUAGCACGAGGAAUUGAUUCCAUGUCACUUAGCUCCUUCGAAACAUCACCUUUAGCAUCCAAAACUUCCAAAGAACGAAGGAGCCGAAGAAGAAAAAAGAAAUCCUCAGGGGGAGAAGAGGAUGGGGAAGACCAAAAGGUUACGAAAUCCGAAUCGGAGGAUGGCCAACGGAGGAUGACAACGUUGGGCUUCACUUCUGGCUCAAUAGACACUUCUGCAAGGCGCAAGGCCAGCCACGGAAGUGUCUUCAGCUUCCGCUUGCGUAGCAGGGACUUUGGCUCGGAGGCGGAUUUUGCCGAUGAUGACAUCAGCACCGUUGGGGAGAGCGAAAGCCAGCGGGACUCCCUGCUCAUCCCCAGGAACGGGAGGCGGCUGAGUGUGCAAAGUCAAGCAAGCCACAGCUCGCCCAACUAUACCCAAAAUGGAAAGAGGAACAGCUCGGUGGAUUGCAAUGGGGUAGUUUCGCUGAUUGGAGGAGGAGGAGGAGGAGGAGGAGGAAGCCCGGACCCAACUACUCCGACAGAUGUGCUGUUGCCUCCAGUUAUUCUGGAGAAAUCAGGAGCUGGUGACACGACGACACCAUCUGAAGAAGUGAACAAGAAACAGCUUCUGUCACCCCAUCGCCUUUCCGUGGACAAUUCAGAGGAGCAUUUUCAAAGGCAGCGAGCUGUGAGUGCUGUCAGUAUCAUUACCAGUGCCAUGGAAGAGCUUGAGGAAUCCCAAAGGAAGUGUCCACCCUGCUGGAAUCACUUUGCUGUGAAGUUCCUCAUCUGGGACUGUUGUCCGCUGUGGCUGUUGAUCAAGCAAAAAGUUAAGUUUGUCAUCAUGGAUCCAUUCAGUGACCUCACCAUCACUCUUUGCAUUGUGAUGAACACUCUCUUCAUGGCCAUGGAUCAUUACAAGAUGACGACAGAAUUUGAGAAUGUGCUUAACGUCGGGAAUUUGGUCUUCACUGGAAUUUUUACAGCAGAAAUGGUCUUCAAAGUGAUAGCGCUGGAUCCCUAUUACUACUUUCAGCAAGGCUGGAAUAUUUUUGACAGUAUAAUUGUCACACUAAGCCUCAUGGAACUAAGUCUCUCCAGCAUGGGAAAUGUGUCGGUGUUACGGUCCUUCAGAUUGCUGAGGGUUUUCAAGCUGGCGAAAUCUUGGCCCACCUUAAAUACUCUCAUUAAAAUCAUUGGAAACUCGGUGGGUGCUCUGGGAAACCUCACCCUCGUUCUUGCCAUCAUCGUCUUCAUCUUUGCUGUGGUUGGGAUGCAGCUCUUUGGGGAAUCGUAUUCGAAGUGCGACCUCAGCACCAACACCACUGCAAAUAUACUGCGCUGGCACAUGAAGGACUUCUUCCAUUCCUUCCUCAUCAUCUUCCGCAUCCUGUGUGGAGAAUGGAUUGAGACCAUGUGGGACUGUAUGAAAGUGGCUCAACAGCCUUUGUGCCUUCUGGUCUUCUUGCUGGUCAUGGUGAUUGGGAAUUUGGUGGUGCUGAACUUGUUCCUUGCCCUGCUGUUGAGCUCGUUCAGUGCUGAUAACCUUUCGGCACCAGACGAGGAUGGAGAGAUGAACAACCUUCAGCUUGCCUUUGCACGGAUCAACAGGGGUCUUAACUACGCCAAGCGGGCCAUGUGGGAUUUCUGCUGCAGUGUCCUCAGGCAGCCAAAGGCAACAGCAGAGAAGAAGGCCAUGAUGAAGCUGGCAGCCCAGAACCCAGCCGUCAUUCACAACUGCGUCAACAACCACACUGCCAUGGAAUUUAGCAAAGAAGAGGAGACCCACAAGGAGAACCACACCAAAGAGGGAACUGAAAGAAACCGAGUGACGCAGCCCGUGGUGAAAGACCACAAUGAUGACUUCAUGACUAACCCAGACUUGUCCAUCUGUGUCCCCAUUGCUGUGGGGGAGUCCGAUAUUGAGGAUGACGAGCAGAGCACGUUCACCGAAACAGACCAGGACAAGCAGCAGCAACUGAAGGGGCAGCGUUACAAAAGCCCAGCUGUUCAGAGCCAGGCCUCUGAGAUUUGUGAAGAGUUAAGUGAGUUGCAGACAGACAAGCAGCUGAAAUCCGAGCUUCCGCUCCCAUCCGAAGGGGAAAAAGAGAAGUUUGACGAAAUCAGCCUUUCAGAAGGAAGCACGGUAGAUUUGGCAAUCCCGUCGGAUCUUCUGGAGCAGAUGCCAGACCUGGCAGAAGAGAUGAUGGAACCUGAGGACUGCUUCCCAGAACCUUGUGUCCGAUUCCUCCCAUGCUGCUGGGUGGACACCACAAAAUUUCCUGGCAAAGUUUGGUGGAGGCUGAGGAAAACCUGCUUCCAAAUAGUUGAACAUAGCUGGUUUGAAACGUUCAUUAUCUUUAUGAUCCUCCUGAGCAGCGGAGCCCUGGCAUUUGAAGACAUCUACCUUGAAGAGAGAAAGAACAUUAAAACUAUGUUGGAAUAUGCAGACAAGAUCUUCACAUACAUCUUUGUCCUGGAAAUGCUUCUGAAAUGGGUAGCUUAUGGCUUUAAGAAGUAUUUCACCAAUGCCUGGUGUUGGCUUGAUUUCCUCAUUGUGGAUAUUUCAGUUAUUUGCCAGAUAGCAACCCUUCUCGGUUAUGACCACGUGGGCGCUAUGAAAUCUCUCAGGACCCUGAGGGCCUUGAGGCCCCUCCGAGCCUUGUCCCGAUUUGAGAGCAUAAGGGUCUCAUUAGUAAGCCUCAUAGCUAGCACACUUGGAUACUCCGAAAUGGGUCCCAUUAAAUCCCUUAGGACCCUCAGAGCUCUGAGACCCUUAAGAGCACUGUCACGAUUUGAAGGGAUGAGGAUGGAACCAAGUCAGCUGACAAGGGUGGAUGUGACUAAUUUCAGCCCCGGUGACUUCAGUGGGUCUUAGGCCAACUAACUGGCUGGACUGAGGGAGUCCCAUCUAAUCAUUUCACAGUGCUAAUUAAAAUGAGCCACACAGCAGGCUUGGCUAAACAGAAAAGGUUUUCAGCAUUUCCUGAAACACUGUCCAGUUGACUCUGAUGGGUGAGAACAUAAGAAGAGCCCCACUGGAUCAGGCCCAAGGCCUAUCUAGUCCCGCAUCCUGUUUCCCACAGUGGCCCACCAGGUGCCUCUGAGAAGCCCCCAGGCCAGAGAUGAAGGCAGGCCCCCUCUCCUGCUGUGGCUCCCCUGUAACUGGUAUUCAGAGGCAUCCUGCCUCUGAGUCUGGAAGCAGCCUAUAGCCAUCAAGACUAGUAGCCACUGAUAAAGGUCAAUCCAAGAAGAGCCCCGUGGCUUUAUUCUGCUUUAUAUUGCGACGUGGGUGGAUGGUGCCUGGAAUACUACUUCAGAUGGUAUUCUUAGUGGGUGGGAUAGGAAAAGGGGCCCUUUAGAACAACCGAACUAGAUAAUGCCCAUUGAAUGCUUGGUUCUUCUGAUGUAAAUAGCAUACCCAGGGUGUCAAUCCAGAUAAAGAUCAAUGAUCAUAGUUGACAGGGAGGUGGAUUUAUCCCUUUGCCUUCACCAUGGUCCUGAUACAGAUUAGUCCUCCACAGCUCCUAUGUAUCCCAGGGGGAAAGCUUCCUCUUGGUGCUCCUCCAGAGCAAAUAGCUGCAGCGGGGAGACAGUGUGGAUUGGGACCAUGUUGGGGGCUGAAGGUUAAAGCUCCUUCCAUGGUCUGGAUACAGGCCAUACCCCCAACAUGUCCUAUUUGAGUUAGAGACAUUGGCCGAGACCCCAGUGAUGCAAGAUGCAUAUCAUUUAUUUUGGCCCUUUGAGAUUCAGGGUCCAGAAUGCAGGACUCAUGUCAAGGGUCAACAUUCUUGCUCACUCAAACCCGUUAUCUUUAUCCAGAGCAGAGCAAAUAAAGAGGCUACUCUCUAUCACUCCAUGAGGCGGUUCCCAUGACCAGUGGGAACCGCCAGAUGGGGUUACGUGAGGAGAGCAGGCUUAGCCCGCUCUCCCCGCAGACGAGUGCCCACAGAGCACUGGGCAGCCGGAUCAGCCGCCACACGACUGCCAACUCCGGCAGGGGCUGCAGGGAUUGGAGACUGCACGGUCCCCCGAAGUUCCAGCCUGCCCUCUGCGAGUGCUCAGGGCAUGCUGGGGAGACCCCCCAAGCUGGGAGGCUGCCUUUUAACCUCCUGGUUGGGGGUCUACUCAUGAGUUGCCAUGACAACACAUGAUCCGAAAGCCCGGGUUAGCGGAGCGCUCGCUCCGCUAACCUGGGCUUAGGGGAGGGUAACUUUAGCGGGUUACCCGUUUUGGUGAGACCAGGCUCGUCAGUGAGCUUGGUGGUUCUCACACGCGGGCGAAAUCGGGCUAAGGCUGUCUGCUGGUGGUCCAAUCAACUUCAGCUCAGCACACUGAUUCUAAAUCAGUUGUAUGUAUCUCUGGCCCCCAAAGCUAUGCAAUAUAGCCACCUUAAAAGGUGACACCCCAAGAGUGGAAGUCACUUCAAAAGAACAGCUAAAUUCUAACUGAAGUUGUGAUAUUAAAAAAUGCUCUUGUAAUCCAGAAGAGCGGGAGGUCUACAUCCAAAUAUUUGACUCCUUCUCCCAGAUCAAUGUGUGACCUUUGGCAUUCCUCACCUCUGCAGCUCCUGGCCAUAUAUGAAGCUGCCAUCUUGAAUCAGACCCUUUGUCCAUCUAGCUCAGGACUGUCUACACUGACAGGCCCUUCCCGGUUCCAGACAGGGGUCAUCCCCAGCCCUACCUGGAGAUGCCAAAGACUGGACUUUCUGCAUUCCAAGCAGGAUCUCUGCCCCUGAGCUCUAUGCUCUUUCCUCUGACCUUCUCUUCUUCCCCUUGUUCCUCUAGAUCAUUCCCAUGCACCAGCAUCCUCCUGUCCUAGAACUCUCUGAUUCUCCCAGCCUGCUGCCUUCUCGGGGUCUUCCCUCCUCUUUCCCUGGGCCCCUGCUUUUUCCACCUUCCUUUCCCUAGGCCCACUUGCCUGUCUGGGCCUCCUCUUUGAUUUAGCCUAUAAGCAACUAUAUUCAGUCAUUCAGCAGACCUGGUUGUGAGCAGGUCAAGACACAGAAGCCACCCCAAAUUCCUAAGAACAAUUAAUUCGUUCUGUGCAGACGUAGUGACAUCACUCAAUGCCAAAUUUGCCAACUAUAGUUCAACCUCCAGGUCUUUGUUUUGUCUGCCGAACUCCCAAGCUUUUCAUGCCAGAAUAAUGAGAUUUAUAGUUUUCUUGUGCAACCCCCUUCCCCCCCACUUAAAGUCCACAUUAAAGUCUACAAAUUAAAAAUAGCUUGUAUGGCCUAAUAUUAUUAUCCAUUUGUACCUAUAGAAGCAUCACAUUCUCUCAUUCAGAUGAGCUGAAUUGGUGCACAGUAGUUCAGGUUGUUCAUGGUCCAUGCAUUUGAAUGGAUGCGACUGUUUUUAAAUAUGUUUAUACCAGCCACAGUCCUCCCCAGUCUGCAUGUAAAGAACUGCGCGCUGUGCAUCUGAGGAAUUAAACAAAACCUUCCUAGACAGAUAAAACCCUCACCAGGUUACUCAGAGUAGACCACUAGAGUACUCUUGUACUGCUCCUCUUCAUUUCACUGGUAACAUGGCAGGAGAGUCCCUGAUGGGACAUGCCAGUUAUAAUUCCAGUGUUCUCUCAUGGAAAAUGGAAGAUAACUUGUGAUUUGAACUCAGGGCUUCCAUUUUUAAACUCAACCGUUUCACCACCAAGGCCAACCAAUUGGUUCUAUUUCUGGUCCCACGGAGUUCACUUAGAACUCCUCUGACUGGCUGUUUUCCUUCCUUUCCCAGUGAUCUUCCAAAAUGACUGCAUUUACUUGUCGAUGAAAGCAAGGGAUAAUUACAAAUACAUGCCCCAGGAAAAUCAACUUAUUUUUAGUAGGUUUAGCCACACUUAACCAUGACUCAGGGACAGUAAAGCUUAGCAUUAUUACCAGCUGAUGAUAUGCUCUAAAAUGUACACGAGGAAUCAACCCCCAUAAGAGAUGUCUUAAGUAGUUUUAAUGCUAAGGUACAAAUACAUCAAGCAGGAAGAUGAUAAUAGCUUGUGGGUUUAUCCUGGGGGGCCACAUUAUGAGACAAAUAGCCUAGUUUUCAAAUGAAUACUUGGCUAAACCUCUUUGAAGUUAAUGGGGCUUGUGCUGCAGAAAUAAUAUGAGAAUCAGAGCUGAGUGUAGAGGGAAGGACACUUUGAGCUAUGAGACAAAUGAGUGUUACGUCACACAGUGCUCCUGCCGCUUGGUGGUUGUUCCCUGUCCUUGAUCUCUGCUAAGAGAGCACCUCCUAGACAAUGGCGGCUUACCGCAUAGGAAGCAUAGGCAGCUGCCUACGGCAGCAAAUCUGGGGAGUGGCAUCUUGGAGGGAAACUUUAUAAUCCCCCCCCCCUUUUCUUAUAAAUGCCGCUUUAUUAAUGCCACUGUGUAGCCCGCCUCCUAAGCCAUCACAGGAGGUGAGGUCGGGCACUGGAGGACAGCGGCGAAAGAGGUCUGUGUGCAGAGGCCUGAAAUCGCCCACACUGUCUCAUUGGCGAGUAAGCCGGGCUUGAGGGAGGACCUCUUCCGCCCCCAUCCUCCAGUGCCCGACCUCACUUCCUGUGAUGGUUGAGGAGGUGGGCGGAGCCUCCACUGCUACACAGCGGCAUUGUUCAAAGUAAAAGACAGAAAUAAGUUUCCCUCCCCCACAAACCCCCUUACACUCGUCCCUAGGGCGGCAAAUCUUUGGCUGUCUAUGGGCUGCCAAAAGAUUAAUCCGCCCCUGCACCUAGGUGGUUGCUUGGGUCUUUUGCCCCCUGCAGUUUUUUGUUUUAACUCUGACAAAGGGCCUCCAUCAGCCACCGUUCUACCUGACUGCAUCUAGGGGAGAGGUGGAGGGCUGGCCCAUGCACUAAGUGGGCCUAGGCAAUCACCUAGGGUGCCAAAUCUUGGGGGAGGGGGCAUAAAUGUGGGCACCACCGUGGAUAGCCAUGGCAACUGGGGAAGGGGGCAUUGAGGAAGAAGAUUAUGCCACUGAAAAUCAGUAAAAUGUCCCACCACUGUGGCUCCGCCUCGCGCACCACUGCCCCGCCCCAUGUUCCCUGGCAGCAGGCCCCACCCCCACCAUUCAGCUGGCUGGUGCGCAUGCCAGUUGAGGGACCAGCCCAGUAAAAAUCUUUGCCGACUGACCCCUCAAAUGGCUGCCACGCAUGUGCGUCAGCCAGCUGAGCAGAGGGGGCAAAGUGCGUAGAAGGGGGGGCGGACUCCAUGUGGAACUGGGCAGCCGUGUGGGGCAUCACUGACAGAGGACAGGACACCUUACUAAUUUUUCAGGAUAUAGACUGCUACACACACACACACACACACACACACACACACACACACACACACACACGUGCCAGCCGCCAAGUAUGACUUUGCCCCCACACACAUCUAGGGCACCCAAAGCCUUCAUGGCCCAGCCUUGUUUCUCCCUUCCCUGCCCUCUCUUUGCCUCUUAAAAAUCCA